GUCACCAGUUUGCAUAGUAGUGCUGUAAUGGAAGUUCAGAGGUGGAAGCGGUGUGUUGUUUUCGUUAUUUAUAAAAUACAGUUGUUUAAAAGGUUCGAUUCCAAGCACCGCUCCUUUCUAAGUAAGGUAAAGAGGAACAAGACCCACAAUUCUAUGAAACUGUCCCUACCAGCAAGUGUGUUGUGUUUGAUGCCUUGCAUUUAAAUGUGGCACUAUGCCAGCAGCUACUGUAGAUCAUAACCAAAGAAUUUGCGAGGUCUGGGCUUGCAACCUAGAGGAAGAGCUGAAGAGAAUCCGCCAAGUUAUUCAUAAAUAUAACUAUGUUGCAAUGGACACAGAGUUUCCAGGUGUAGUAGCAAGGCCAAUCGGAGAAUUCAGAAGCAAUGCUGACUACCAGUACCAAUUACUGCGGUGUAAUGUAGAUUUGUUAAAGAUAAUCCAACUAGGCCUGACUUUCAUGAACGAACAGGGUGAAUACCCACCUGGCACUUCAACAUGGCAGUUAAAUUUUAAAUUUAACCUCACAGAGGACAUGUAUGCACAGGACUCCAUAGAACUACUAGCAACAUCUGGUAUCCAGUUUAAAAAACACGAGGAAGAGGGGAUUGAAACAUUCUACUUUGCAGAACUGCUUAUGACCUCUGGUGUGGUACUGUGUGAAGGGGUCAAAUGGCUGUCUUUCCAUAGUGGCUAUGACUUUGGAUACCUAAUCAAAAUCCUAACAAAUUCAAACUUGCCAGAAGAAGAAUUGGAUUUUUUCGAGAUCCUCCGUUUGUUCUUUCCUGUCAUAUAUGACGUGAAGUACCUGAUGAAGAGCUGCAAAAACCUCAAGGGUGGCUUACAAGAAGUAGCUGAACAGCUAGAAUUGGAGAGAAUAGGGCCACAGCACCAGGCUGGCUCAGACUCUCUACUGACAGGCAUGGCCUUCUUUAAAAUGAGAGAGAUGUUCUUUGAGGAUCAUAUUGAUGAUGCCAAAUACUGUGGUCACUUGUAUGGCCUUGGUUCUGGUUCACCCUAUGUUCAAAACGGCACAGGCAAUGCUUAUGAGGAAGAAGCCAACAAACCACAAUCAUGACAUGAAGCAGCUGAACUUUGGGCCUGUUUUUCUUUUUUUCUUUUUUAAUCUCUGCCUGAGAGACUUUUGUUUUUGUCAUUACUUGUUUUCUUUCCCUUGUCUUUGUUUGAAUGGCAUGCACAAAGUCUUGUUGCAGAUUCUAGCUUUAGUACUGGAAACAAUUUAGAUUAAAAUUUUACUUCGUUUUAAAAGACCAAACAAAAAGAAACUCUGACAGAGACAAGGCAAAGUUUACUGAAGUAAUUUCAUAUCUCUUCCGUGUAAGCAAAUGGAUUGGCUGAUUAUUCAUGUGUAGCGCUUAAGUGGGAUUUUUAGUGAUUCAGAAAUGUGGACCAUGGAAAUUUUGCACUUUAGAGAUCGAUCCAGAUUCUCAGUUUUAUCAAAAGUUUUGGCUGUUUCUUGUUCUUAUAAGAUACAUUGUGCACCAUUUUUGCUUGUUGCCUUCCACCAUAUUCACAGUACAUUUAUUUAUUUAUUUAUUUUUAUUUAUUUAUUUAUUUUCUUUUAGGAAGGGGGAAAAAACUUCUAAAGCUUUUAGAUAACCUUAUCUUGCACAGUUCAGCCUUAAACAAAGUAAAUAUGCUACUUUGUCUCCUGCUGUUUUUGUACAUUGCACUGUCACAUUAAGGUGUUGAUUGUAAACGCUUAACACUCCUAAAAUACCCAGUCACUUAAACAGGUGUAGUGAUUCUAGGUAAUACCGUGACAUGAGUGGUUGAUUUUUGAUGCCCCGUCCCUUCCCCUGCACACUAACACAUUUAUUAUUUCAUACCUUACAUGGUUUACCCCAGAUUUUACCGUUUGUAUUGGUUUUGCACUGAUUUUACCAGUUAAAUUUGCUACCGUAAAAACACUAUUGCACAAGGAGAUUUCAAGAUUCAUAUCAAAAACUAAAAGUAAUAAAAAAAUUGGCUUCUAAAUUUGGUAGUGUUUUACUAAAAAAAGUUUUUAUUAAUUUAGAAAACAGUACUUCUUAUUAGAUCUUAACCAACUUGAGCAUGACAUUGCCUGGGGAUUUAUUAUUAUUAUUAUUAUUAUUAUUAUUAUUAUUAUUAUUAAUAAUUUAUUUUUGUAAUACUGGUUUAAUGCAGCACAGUUCACUGUGCAAUGUUUUUUUUUUUUUUUGUUUUUUUUUUAAUUAUUAUUACAUAUUUUUGUAUUGCUAUGCAGUGUAUUUAUUUUGCCUAAUACUAUUGCAUGUUUGGAGGGCAAUUGUACAGGAGAGCUAUAUUAUUAAAUUGCAAAUGCUUGCCUAAAAAUGUGGAUUUGAAUGAAUGCAUUUAAAACCUCCCAGGAAAUUUCAGAUUGAUUGGGAUAAACCUGAAAAACUCUUCAGAUUGUAUGAAGUCUUUGUUUUUGCUUGAAAUUACAUCUUAGUAAUUUGAUGAUUCCUUUUAAAAACAUUAACAAAAAAAACAAAUUAUGCAAAAUAAAAGGGGUGUUUGUUUUUAAAGCUUUUGUAAAUAAAAGCUUCAGAAUUCUU